CCUAUUAUUUGACGCGAUGCUGUCUCUGGUCUCUAACUUACCAACAAUAAACUUCAUCGUACAGCGUAUCCUUAGGACGAGACUUAGGUGUCCUACUGAGGAGCGACAAAUUUUUUCCGCAACUUGGAAUCCCAAUUCUUUCGGCGUCUAGUCGAACUGAUCAAUGAGUCUGCCGACCGCGAGAGAAAGUCUCGGCAGAGCUUAUGCACAUGGAAGAUCCACUUCCAGCUAUUCGUCUUGAAUGGACGGAGUGACCACACUGUGCCGGCCAAUUGAAAGUCCCAUAGCACAACAGGUUUUGUGUUGAUUUCUUAUUGGAAAGUGAAGACACCAAGCUUGGACGAUGACCUCGUGUUCAGAAAUUCCUUGUCCAUGGAAUUGAGAAUGAUCUACCAGCGGAUGGUCUCCCAAGACGUGAAAGUGAUGUGCCUUAGCGUGCGUUUCACGACUUCCAACGAAUGAGCAUCGUAGUUCAAGAGAUUUCUAAGCGCAUCACGAAGUAGGGGAGCCAACCUUCAAAGUGGGCGGGCCAGAAACAGGACUCUGUUUCUGUUCUAGUUCUGCAGUCUACUUUGUGAACUGCGUAGAACGAGCACUUAGUUCGUGGCUGAAGCAGUAGGGCAUGACGAUAUGAGUUGAGACAUAAUGAGAUGUUUACACGCUGCCAACCCUUCUAUGUCUCGAACUACCGCCAAGCAUUAUUUGACCGAAGCUUUUAAGAUAUUCAUCGACGGAAUGCGUGACAUUUCUAUGAUUUACUUCUAAGUUCAGCACAUAUCGAGAUGUCGAAUCGAUAGCGGGAAUUACUACCCAUUGCUGGGCAACUGUGCACCAGAGUGUCUCUGAGCCUUAGUCCUCUGAAUUUUCUUGAAUUCAGUACUUUCGGAGAAGUACGAUCCAAACAACUGAUGAAACCAAGACAAUUGACCGUGUGAAUGAAUUGCGGGUUUGGUCCGCUCGAAAUUGGUUGCAUGAGGAGUGUAGGAACUGGUGACAUGUCACGAAAGAAGGAAAAAUUUUCAUCGAAAUAGCAAAUAGCUUGUUACCAAUGCUCCUCAGAGUGAUUAUCAAAACGGAAUUGCAAGACGUCUGUUACAGAGAUACAUACUCUGAAGCAGCCAGAUUCGAACAGAUUGUAAAAUGCAGAGUUUUAGAACUUUGUUGAGAAAAUGUCGGGAAGAGUAUGAACUUGGUGAAAACCUGCGGGAAUUUGUGAGGUGAAUCUAGGGAUCAGACAAUUCCUACAAUUACCGGUGGUUCAAAAUCGCAAUAUUCCGUUUUGUGGCUGGCUAUUCCGCACCUGAAACGCAAUAAGGCUGUCAAGAGGAACCCAUCUCAGGCUGUGUAGGCAGCAAACAUUGCAGAGCUAGGUUCGCUGUUGCAUCCUAGGGUGCUGAUAAGUGACCAUUUUUUGCUCCCAAGUCGCCUUUGCUUUCAGUUCCCGAUGCUUUGGGCGUGAAGAGGCAGGCUGAGGGAUUUGCAACCGAUUUCAUCUCUUAGAUAAGAAUAAAAGUGUUUACUCUGCCUCUCGUCAUCGACCCAUCAGCGUUGAGCCCUUCAGUUGCAAGUAGUCACCAUGGACCGGGCGGAGGCACUGCGCGAGGAAGAGAAGGCGGACCAUGCAAUGCGCCGGACGAAUCGCCGUUCCAGCUGGGCGCAAUUGAACCAGCGGGAUGCGCAAGACAGUCUAAACAAUGCCAUUGAUAAAAUUCAAGAGUCCUUGAGGAAGGGUUCUAUGGCAACCGAAGUGAAAGUCACUGCCGACAACUUACGGAAUUCUACCCAAGGACGAAAAGACGGUCUCAGCAAGCAGAUUCUACUCGAUCUUCAAAGUCGCUUUAUUGCAGUGGAGGAUACAAGUCAAGGGUUACUUGACAAGGAUGGAUUUAUCAAAGCCUGCAUGAGUAUCAAAGGAUUUGCAGAAAAGAUGAGUAAGAAGCAGAUCGCCGAUCUCUUCAUGAAGAUUGAUGCAAACAGCAUCGGUGUUAUUGGCUUUGAUGAUUUCACGAGCUAUAUUCUCGUGCAGCAGUUAUCCCAAGAAGCAGAGCCAGCGUCGGAGCAUACAACCUUUAUCAAAGUCAAUACGUUUGGAAGUAAAAAGUUUGGACGUUGUGAUUUUGAAGACUCAGAGUCAGAAGACUCCGGUAAUGAUGAUGAUAGAAUAGAACGUGACUCUGAAGAACCCAUUUCAUUCAAGGCUGACGUUGGUGGCAAGAGAGGGAAUAUAGACAAAAUUGCCCGGGCAGCUAACAUUAUUGAGAAAACUCUUCUUCUGGGUCCUCUUGAUACUUAUGUGACAGCUACUCAGAGAGGGCUGCUCAAGUUGUGGUCUGCAAACACCUUAAAGCCCUUACGAGCGGUGCUAAAUGGAAAUGGUGCAUGGAUCACAGACAUGGUGGUCAUGGCACAUCAACCUCUUGCAGUCUUCUCUCUCGACCGAAGUAUUACGUUUUAUGACACAGGACGAUUAUCGUUUGAUGUUCUUGGCCGGAUUGAGAAUCUUGUGAAUGCACCCAUGUGUGCUACAUGGCUGCGGGUUGCUGAAAGUGACAAACUGCUCUAUGGUGACGACCGGGGAAUCGUUCACACUUACACUUUUACAGACGAAUGGGGCGGAGAUAGCGACAAAGGCUUCGGAAUUGCAGAUAAAGUUUUACCUCCUGGAAUGACCGAAAACAUACCUUGGGUACUGCAUAGCGAUUGGGUGACGCGAAUUCGAUACAUGGCUCACUCCAACUCAUUGCUGACCGCAUCUAUGGAUGGAAAUCUGCUCAUGCUGGACUUUGAGAAGAGGAUCCCCAAGUGGACCGCAAAAGAGCAUGCUCAUGGUAUAUAUGGAUGUGAGUACUGCAGGAGCUACAACUUUAUUGUAACGUGUGGGCUAGAGAGAUAUAUAAAUAUCUGGAAUCCCUUUACAGCUAAAUUGAUGGGCGUGUUACACGGACAUGAAGCUUCAGUACUGGAUGUGGUCGUUAAUGAAACAGACAACCAAAUUGUGAGCAUCGCUGCUGAUAGCGUAAUCAAAGUCUGGGACAUGCGCAGCAGUCGUUGUCUACAAACUAUAAUUGAAAAGACUGAACUGCCAACGAGAAACAACAUUAUGUAUGACAAUCAAAGACAAGUCCUUCUUUGUGGAGGUGCAACGCUGGAAAUGUGGCAUAAAAGGAAAGCUAGAGAAGCAAGGACUUCAAAGCUUUGCGGAUGUCUGUACAAUUCUCUGUUCCGCCAGGUAGUUGUUGGAGAGGUUGAUUCAUUAAUAAUGGUUUGGAGUAUUGAUACCGGCGAAGACGUUUUCACAUUUUCGGACGCGCUCAGGGGCACCAAGCUGUCAGCGAUGGCAUUUGAUCAGUCUCAACGAAGAUUGUUGCUAGCGGGCCAGGACGGAAGUUUGCGGAUGUGGAAUUUCAACAAUGGAGAAUGCUUGAAGGAGUUCCAUGGGUUCGGCCAGGAUGAAAUCAAUGCUGCUUGUUGCUUGGUGGAGACAAAGAACAUGUUUGUUAUUGCGGUCGGCUGGAACAAUAAGGUCUGCAUGUGGCACGAUGGAACGAGGGCAAGAGAAAACGUUAUCAAGAGAAUGCAAGGUCAUUCAGAUGAUGUUGUGUGUGUUACCAAUUUACCACCGAGCAACAUAGCCACCGGAGGCUGUGAUGGCAAGAUCAUAAUUUGGAAGCUGGAUGGAAUUAUCAAGUGUCAACUGCGUGCUCCUGAGGCGGAAGACUCAGAUUUUGAUGAGAGUACCAUUUUAGAUCUUCUCUACUUGCAAAAGCUCGGUAAGGUGGUUGUUGCCUCUAUCGCAAAUGGACAUCUCCACUUUUGGCGCCUUCACGAUUGCAAACGGGUGUAUGACCUUCAAACGAACCACUACAAUUCGCCAGGACCCAUUUGCGUGGAUGCUAACAAUGAAGUUAUAUAUACUUGUGACUGUAGAGGAUAUGUGAAGGUCUGGAGCUUGAAAGAUUGUCACUUUAAUUUGACUGAUACGAUUCCAUCGGUCAUACCAGACCCGGCGACUUUCCGAGCCCACCAUGAAACUGUAGUGAGCAUGGCUUUUGCAGAUCAGGAUAGACUACUGGUGACGACAUCACUAUAUGGAACAAUCCGUCUGUGGACAGAAGUUGGAAUUCGGAUCGGUCAAUUUGGACAAACGACCGUGUGGGAUUUGUCAAACUCUCACACAUGGAAGGCCAGGGAAGCAUCUUACCUCUCUCCUGCCCUGCAUCGGAAAGGUAUGGAUUCUGCUUUGCUUCGGCCAUCAGGUGGCAGAGUUCUUGGAAGCAGAGCAUCGAGAAUGAGUGUAAGAUUUUCUGAGAGUGGCACGGGUAGUCGCGUUUCAUUCGAAGAUGAAAUAAAAGCAGCAAUUCAAGCAGCUGAAGCUAUGCCUGCCCCAGAAAUAGAGCUAACUUACGAAGAAAAGAAACAAAAAGUUCUCGAUUAUGGACCACCGUGGUUGAGACUGGAGUCGUGGUAUAACCCUCUGCGAACGUCCAUUGACCGUCAGCUACCUUACAAGAAUUUGACCUCCAUAGGACCACUUUUACCUGCUGACCUCUCUGACUUCGCUAAAGAGAAAGGGCUGAAGAUAUGUGGACCGGGAUCUAUAGCCAGAGGGCAAUCUCUUAUUGUCAACAACUGGAGAUCACCGCUGAGAAGGAGAACGAGACAAAGUCAGGUUCAAGCAAACAAGGGGGAGACUCCGAAGGUGUGAAAAUGCUUGUCUGGUGAUUUCAUGUCUCCACUGUUGACAGAAGUACUCAAGGCAAUAUCAUGAUCGGCAGGAACUUUUGUGCCGACAUCAGAAAUUUGUUCAACACGAGGGAAAGACUCGAGUGAAUUAUAGUGAGAGAACGAUAGUAGUAGAAAAUAUAUCAUUCAAGAGUGGAUUUGGCCUUGUUCCGGAAAGGUUUGAAAACAUUUUCCAGUAGUAUGACUUCAGAGAGGUCCGACUAUUGAGAGAUGUAGCAACGUCUGCUCUGCAGUUAGGAAGGUACUACAAUGGAAUGAAAACUCACGUAGCCAAGCACUAAAAGCCCAUUAUUAUCAAUCUGUAAUGACCCAUCUUAAUACGGUAUAAUUCAUCACCUGCACCAGGCAGAGAGGCUAGUAACAUGUUCUCGACUCCACGAGCCUUACGUUGGGGCGAGAUGCUCCGUCACAUGUUUUUCAACAGAAGUGCUCAACACUUAAGACAAGGCUAUCCGAUUAAAAGUAAUCAAUUCAAUAUCAUGACUGC